AUGAUCGGCAGCGUCAGCUACCGAAUCUCACGCCGUUAUGCAAGCUUGUCAUUUCCACGCAUGGACCCGUACAAACACUGGACUCGCGAAGAGCUGAUUGCGCGACUUCAGCAUCUCACCGCGAACCAACCUCCGGAAAAACCGGAAAAAGAAGCACACCGCCCCAACGAUGGAUUCAACUUCGACGCGUACCCACGGAGGAAGAUCGCCCUGAAGGUGUCCUACAACGGCGUCCACCAUGGUGGCUUCGAGUCACAGGCGUAUGGAUCUCUCCCGACGGUCGAGGGCACGCUCUUCGACGCGCUGGUCCAUGCACGACUUAUUGACCCUGCUAAGGGCUUGCAAGGAUGCGGAUGGGAGAAGUGCGGGCGGACGGACGUGGGGGUCAGCGGGGCCGGGCAGGUGGUGAGUUUCUGGAUUCGCAGUGCGCUGGGUUCGAAGCUCGUGAAGGGAGCAACCUCGGGAGACGCACUCCAUCCGCCCUCUGAAGAUGCGUCCGUCAUUCAAGACGAAGACGGCCCCGGACUCGAGGGUGACUUCGGUGACCUCGGUGACCUCACCGACGAAGCACCUUCCAACUCCUCCCUUUCCGCUACCCCCGCUUCCUCCGCCCUCACGGACGACGACGAAAUCGGUUACGUACCCAAGCUCAACAGCCUGCUCCCGCCCACCAUCCGCGUGCUCUCGUGGGCGCCGGUCCCGGACGACUUCUCCGCCCGCUUCCACUGCAAGUGGCGGCACUACAAGUACUUCUUCUCCCCCGCCGGCCUCGACCUCCCUGCGAUGCGCGACGCCGCCGCCCGCCUCGUCGGCCUCCACGACUUCCGCAACCUCUGCCGCAUCGACCCGAGCAAGCAGCAGACCGUCUUCCUCCGCCGCAUCCUCGCCGCCUCCAUCGACCCCGUCGACCCCGCGGACCCGCGCCCGGACGCGCUCCUCGUCUUCAACCUCCGCGGCACCGCCUUCCUCUACAACAUGGUCCGGCACAUCAUGGCCGUCCUCUUCCUCGUCGGCGCGCGCCUCGAGCGCCCCUCCAUCGUCGACGCCCUCCUCAACGCCGACCCCGCGGCCCCGCGCCCCGCGUCCCGUCCCGACGAGCCCGCGCCCCCGGUCGUCACCGGCCGCCCGGAGUACCAGAUCGCGGACCCGCAGCCGCUCGUGCUGUGGGAGUGCGGGUACGACGCCGCGGACGCGCCCCCGUGGCGCGCGGCCCCCUCCGACGGGGACACCCCGAACGUCACGCUCGCGAGUGUGCUCGCCGCGCGGGACCGCGCGCAGGUCGCCGCCGCGCUGGCAGACCACUUCGCGCGCGCGCUGAGCGUGCACAUGCCGUUGCCUGUGGGUGCGGGCGGCGUGCCGCAGGUGCCGCUCGGCGGGGGUGCGUCGCGGCGGUGGACGACCUACACACCGCUGCUGCGGCGCAAGCGGCUGCGGACGCCAGAGGAGAUCAACGAGCGGUGGCGGCUGACGAAGGGAGCGAAGAGGGCCGAGCGCAAGGCAGCGGCUGCAGCCACAACCGAGGUGCAGGACGAUGGGGGCGAGUAG